UUUCUUGUACAUGCAGUAAAAUGGCAGAAGCGAGCAUUUCAUGGGUUCAGGAUCAGUUCAUCUGUUCAAUUUGCCUGGAUCUCCUAAAGGAUCCAGUGACCAUUCCAUGUGGACACAGUUACUGUAUGAGCUGUAUUACAGACUACUGGAAUCAGGAUAAUCAGAGAGGAGUUUAUAGCUGCCCACAAUGCAGACAGACCUUCAAUACAAGACCUGCUUUAUAUAAAAACACCACACUGGCUGAACUGGUGGAGAAACUGAAAAAGACAAGCCUUGAGACUGAUCAAUCUGAUCUCAAUUAUGCUGGACCUGAAGAUGUGAAGUGUGACAUCUGUACUGGGAGAAAAUACAAAGCUAUCAAGUCCUGUCAGGUGUGCCGGAACUCUUACUGUCAAACUCACUUUGAACGUCAUGAAGAACUUCAAUCAGGAAGACAACACCGAGUGAUUGAUGUCCCUAGGAGACAUCAGGAGAUGAUUUGCCCAAAACAUAAUAUACUCCUUGUUUUCUGUCGCACUGAUCAACAAUGUAUUUGUUUGCUUUGUACGAUGAAUGAACAUACAAAUCAUGACAUUGUAUCAGUGUCGACAGAGAGAACUGAGAAACAGAAACUACUUGAGGUCAACCAGAGAAAAUUCCAGCAGAGAAUCAAAGAGAAAGAGAAGGAGCUUCAGAAUUUAAGAGGGGCUGUGAAGACUCACACGAUCUCUGCACAGACAGCAGUGGAGGACAGUGAAAGGAUCUUUACUGAAAUGAUCCGAUCCAUUGAGAGAAGACGCUCUGAGGUGACACAGCUGAUCAGAGAUCGGGAAAAGACUGCAGUGAGUCGAGCUGAAGAACUAUUGAAGAAACUGCAGCAGGAGAUUGAUGAUCUGAAGAGGAGAAAUGAGGAGAUGAAGAAACUUUCAAAAAAUAAAGACCACAUCAGUUUCCUUCAGAUUUCAGAUGGUUCUCUCUGGAUCCAAACACAGCACAUAAACGUAUCUGUCUGUCUGUCUGAAGAGAACAGAGCGGCUACAGAAACUGACAUACUUCAGCAGUAUCCUGAUCAUCCAGACAGAUUUGAUUCUUGGUCUCAGGUGUUGUGUAGAGAGAGUUUAUGUGGACGCUGUUACUGGGAGAUUGAGUGGAGUGGGAGUAAAGGUGUGAGUAUAUCAGUGUCAUAUAAGAGCAUCAGCAGGAAGGGAACAGGUGAUGAGUGUGCAUUUGGAUAUAAUGAUCAGUCCUGGAAACUGCUCUGCUCUCCGUCUAAAUGCUCAUUCUGGCACAAUAAGAUAAAGACAGAUCUCCCAGUAGUGUCCAGUUCUUGUAGAAUAGGAGUGUAUGUGGAUCACAGUGCAGGAAGUUUGUCUUUCUUCAGCAUCUCUGAUGACACAAUGACCCUCAUCCACAGAGUCAACACCACAUUCACUAAACCUCUCUGUCCUGGGUUUGGGUUAAAUUGGCGCUCAACACUCAAAAUGUGUCAUCAAAGAUUAUAAAUGAUGCAUAGCAAAGGCAUCAUGAUCAUUCAAACUGAGGGGGCACGUGCCCCAUUGGACUUUUAAGCAAGCGGAUUUUGCAAGCAACCUCAAAAUCAUUAAAGCAUCUUUUCAUCUGUUACUUUGUUUGCAACAUAUGAUCCGGUAUUUCCUUUUUCUGAGAUUUUUUUUCUGAGAUUUAAUCACAUGCCUCAAUCUGGACACAAUGCAAUAUUAUUGAAUUAUAUAAAUUCAGAUGCAACAGCGCUAGCACCAUUAUGGCGGCAGUGGCUCAGUGGUUCAUGUAGGUUGUCUACAAACCGGAAGGUUGGUGGUUUGAUCCCCGGCUCCACCGGACCAUGUGUCGAGGUGUCCUUGAGCAAGACACCUAACCCCAGCUGCUCCCGACGAGCUGGAUGGCGCUUUGCAUGGCUGACACCGCCGUUGGUGUAUGAAUGUAUGGGUGAAUGUGAGGCAACAUGUACAGCGCUUUGGAUGGCCAUCUCUUAAAAGCGCUAUAUAAAUGCAGUCCAUUUACCAUUAUCAUAUCGCACAUUGAUGAUGUUGCUGCAUUUUGAAAUCUGAUCAAAUUAAAACCACCAUCAGAAACGCUCACAAUACUCUUAAAAUGCAGUAGCUACUGCAAUGUUCAGUUUACCGUAGCUUUGUACAAAAAGGAUAAUUGAGGUUCAUUUCUUAAUGUUUAUGUAUGGAUUCACCUGCAGGGGGCACGGAUCGAAUAUGUGCUAUGAUAGAAAAAUGGGUCCCUUUUUUAUUUUUAUAGGCUUGUUUUAGAAAAUUGAAUGCUUUCAAUGCAAGUAAAUUGAAAUGUGAAAACAAAAAAUAAGCUUUAGAUCUGUGUAUUAAUGUGUAAAAGAGCAAUAAAAUCAUUCAUAAA